UGGUUUUUUGUUUUGUUUUUUGUUUUCUGUUCAGCACUGCAGUAUUUCACGUUGGCAGAAUUUAUUGGAAAAAGACGAAAAAAACUUCACCACUUCAUCAUCAUCUUUGUUUGAUGAUUGAUCGAUUGAUGUUUGUUACCAUAACCACGAUCAUCAUCAUCAUCAAAUAAUCAUCGACCACGACCAAUUACCACUUUUUUUUACCUCAAAAGUUUUUCUGUUCCAAAAACAAGAGCAUUGAAUCCUGGCCCUAGGUUUUUGUCUGCUGUUGCUAGGCCCAUAUUUUGUAUUAUUAUGUGUGUUGGUUGGUCAUAGCAAAAUCACCACCGCCACCUUUAUAUCAGUUUGUUGACAGGUGAUUUUUGAGUGAUCAUUUUUCUUCUGGCUUGGUUCGAAAAAAGCCCAACGAACAAAUCAAAAAUUGAAUAAAAAUGUUACUUUUUUUAAAUAAAUUUCCACAUCAUCAUUAUCAUCAUCAAUCAAUAACAUCUUCUUGUCGUAGAUAUUUCAUUACUACAAGCCGAAAACAAUGUCAACAACAAACAAAACAGCAACAACAGAAGCCGGCUGAACAGAUAAAAUCAUCAACAACUACUACUACGUCUACUGGUUUAAGUUAUAAAAAUCUUAAAAUUGGCGUCCUAAAAGAAACAUUCAAUAAUGAACAUCGUGUUGCAAUUGUACCAUCAUCGGUAUCAUUAUUUGUUAAAAAAGAUAUAAAAAUAUUGGUCGAACAGAAUGCCGGAUUAGAAUCAAAAUUUUUAAAUUCCGAUUAUGAAUCAAAAGGUGCUAAAAUUGUUGAUCGUAAACAAUUAUUUUCCGAAUCGGAUAUCAUUGUAAAAGUUCGUCCACCAUCAUUUGAUAUUGAAACAAAAUUGUUUCGUAAUGAAUCAACUUUGGUUAGUUUUUUGUUUCCAGCACAAAACAAACAACUAAUCGAACAAUUAGCAUUAAAACGUAUGAAUGUUUUUGCUAUGGAUUGUAUUCCACGUAUUUCACGUGCACAAGUUUUUGAUGCAUUAAGUUCAAUGGCUAAUAUUGCCGGCUAUAAAGCUGUCAUUGAAGCAGCAAAUCAUUUUGGUCGAUUUUUUACCGGUCAAAUAACAGCUGCAGGUAAAAUUCCACCGGCAAAAAUUCUAGUUAUUGGUGGUGGUGUUGCUGGCCUAUCUGCUAUUGGUACGGCUAAAAAUAUGGGAGCCAUUGUUCGUGGAUUUGAUACACGUCCUGUGGUUAAAGAACAAAUUGAAUCACUUGGUGCAGAAUUUUUAGAAUUAGAUUAUAAAGAAUCGGGUGAAGGUCAUGGUGGUUAUGCAAAAGAAAUGUCCAAAGAAUUUAUUGAAGCUGAACAUCGUUUAUUUUAUCAACAAUGUAAAGAUGUUGAUAUUAUUAUAUCGACAGCAUUAAUACCUGGAAAACGUGCACCAAUAUUGAUUACAAAAGAUAUGAUUAUGUCAAUGAAACCUGGUUCGGUUGUUGUUGAUUUAGCCGCUGAAAAUGGUGGUAAUAUUGAAACAACUAAACCGGGUGAAAUUUAUACACAUCAACCAUCAGGUGUUAUACAUAUUGGUCUUACUGAUCUACCAUCACGUUUACCAACACAAUCAUCAACAUUAUAUUCAAAUAACAUUUCCAAAUUUUUAUUAUCAAUUUCCAAACAUCAAGAUUCAUUUGAUAUUAAUUUAGAUGAUGAAGUUGUUCGUGGAUCAAUUGUAUUGCAUAAUGGUAGAUUACUUUGGCCACCACCACCACCACCGAUUCAUACACCAACAACAACCACCGAUAAAACUAUAGAAGCUAAGCCAUCAUCAACUGAUACCAAAGUUAUGGCCGCACCACCCAAAGAAUUAUUACCUCGUGAUUAUUUUCAACAAACACUUAAAACUGCUUUGAUCUAUUCGGGUGGUCUUGGAUCAUUGAUUGGUUUAGGAUCGAUAGCACCGAAUGCUGCAUUCACAACAAUGGCAACAACAUUUAGUUUGGCUGGUAUUGCUGGCUAUCAUACUGUUUGGGGUGUUACACCUGCUUUACAUUCACCACUUAUGUCGGUUACUAAUGCUGUAUCCGGAAUUACAGCUGUUGGUGGUUUACUUUUAAUGGGUGGUGGUAUAGUUCCCGAAACAUUACCACAAAUUCUUGGUGCAACAGCUUUAACCAUUUCAACUGUUAAUAUUGCUGGUGGAUUUUUAAUUACACAACGAAUGUUAGACAUGUUCAAACGUCCAACAGAUCCACCAGAAUAUAAUUAUCUUUAUGCUAUACCGGCAGCCACAUUUACUGGUCUUUAUGCUAUGGCAGCAUUGAACGGUAUGGAUCAUGUGCAUCAAAUGGCCUAUCUUGGUGCUUCGCUUUGUUGUGUUGGAGCAUUAGCCGGACUUAGUUCACAGAAAACGUCUCGACUUGGUAAUGCUCUGGGUAUGAUCGGUGUUACCGGAGGUUUGGCAGCCACAUUAGGACUAAUGAAUUUAACACCUGAAUUAUUAACACAAAUUGGUGGCUGUAUGACUGGUGGUGGUUUGCUUGGUUUGAUCAUAGCUAAAAAAUUAGAAAUUACCGAUCUACCACAAUUGGUUGCAGCAUUUCAUUCAUUAGUUGGUUUAGCUGCAGUUCUUACCUGUUUUGCAACAUAUCUUCAUGAUUUUCCAACAUUAGCAACUGAUCCGGCUGCUAUGACCAUCAAGACGGCUUUGUUUUUGGGAACAUUUAUCGGUGGAAUAACUUUUAGUGGAUCAUUGAUUGCCUAUGGUAAACUUCAAGGAUUACUUGAUUCAGCACCAACAUUAUUACCUGGCCGACAUGUAAUCAAUUCAGCAAUGAUGUUAGCUAGUGCAGGUUCAAUGGGUUAUUUCUUAAUGGAUCCAUCCAAAAUGGCUGGAUUAUCUUCAUUAGGUACGGCUACAGCUUUAUCAACAAUUUUAGGUGUUACAUUAACAUCGGCUAUUGGUGGUGCCGAUAUGCCUGUUGUGAUUACCGUAUUGAAUAGUUAUAGUGGAUGGGCAUUAUGUGCUGAAGGUUUUAUGUUGAACAAUAAUCUAAUGACUAUUGUUGGUGCAUUGAUUGGAUCUAGUGGUGCUAUUCUUUCGUAUAUUAUGUGUAAGGCCAUGAAUCGUUCAUUACCGAAUGUUAUUCUUGGUGGAUUUGGUCAAACUGGUUCAACAUCUACUCGUGCCAUUACUGGUACACAUACCGAAUGGAAUGUUGAUCAAUCUGUUGAUGCUAUUAAAGAUGCUAAAAAUAUUAUCAUUACACCUGGUUAUGGUUUAUGUGUAGCUAAAGCACAAUAUCCAUUGGCUGAAAUGAUUCAAGUGCUACAAAAACAGGGUAAAAAUGUACGUUUCGGUAUACAUCCUGUUGCCGGAAGAAUGCCUGGUCAAUUAAAUGUAUUAUUAGCUGAAGCUGGUGUACCAUAUGAUAUUGUUUUGGAAAUGGAUGAAAUUAAUGAUGAUUUUCCUGAAACUGAUUUAACAUUAGUUAUCGGUGCUAAUGAUACAGUAAAUUCUGCAGCCGAAGAUGAUCCUGAAUCAAUAAUAGCUGGUAUGCCUGUAUUACGUGUUUGGAAAUCUAAACAAGUUAUCGUUAUGAAACGUAGUCUUGGUGUUGGUUAUGCUGCUGUUGAUAAUCCAAUAUUUUUCAAUCCAAAUACGGCUAUGUUAUUGGGUGAUGCUAAAAAAACAUGUGAUGCAUUAUUGAAUCGUAUCAAAGAAUCAUAUUCCGAUUAAUUAAUUAAUUCCUUUUUAUUUUAUUUUAUUUUUUCUAUCUAAUUUUUCUUCUGGUGUAAUACGCACACU